AGAGCGAGGGGUGAGGUUUUCGUACGAGGGAGAGAGAGGGCGAAGAAGGUGAGAAGGAGAGAUCUAGCGAGCAGUCAGCGUCAGCGAGAGUAGUACCAAUCGUGGAACGUUGGCGAACAUAAGCGCGAUAGGGGUGUGGAAUAAGCUCAUUCGUGUCGCGUUCUAACAUCGAGUUUUACCGACGAAUUAAACGUUAAAAUACGGAAGUGCGAUGCGAUAAUCAUCGCUACCGAUCAAACACUUUUGCUUCCGCGCGUACGAAACUGGUGCGAGCCUCUGCGAAACUCUCGUCGGGGCCAAGUGUGGAGUUAAUCGGUUUCGAUAAAAUCGUAUAGCGAUCGUUUCAACCGAAGGAAGAGGAGGAGAGAAGGAGAGGAAACGCGAGAAAACACGAAAGGCGAAACGGAAACGUCCGCGUACCUUCUUUUUUCGGGAUUCGCGAACGAGAUAACAGCUGCCAUACGGUAAGCUGGAGGGUGGUGGUAAUCGGUCAAGAAAAGCGGUCGCGACUCGAAAGCGUCGGGCACGGCCGGUCAGCUGAGAGAAAACGGUUCUCGUGGCUCGUGGGUGUGGAACGACCCGGUCUAGAACGAUUGAUCGUGUGGGUGUCGCGGUCGCUGCAGAGACGUCGUAGAGCGCCAUCGUCGUCGUCGUCGCCGCCGUCACCGUCGCCGUCGUCGUCGUCCCGAUCGCCACGUGAAUCGUUCAAAACUAGCAAAGAGGAAAAUAAUUAUGAUCGGUGGCUUCGAACGUCGCUUGGAACGAGCGUAUAGGCCUUAGAAAUUACGCUGGACGUUCCGGCGUACGCGUAUGGCGCUUUCAUCUCUCUUUCGAAGGAGUCGUCUAUCAACUGCAUUUAAAUCGUCCGUUUUAUGCCUUUGAAUUAUCGCCGACCACCCGUUCGGAAUGGACCAAACUGAACGCGACUGUCGGUUCGCGAUCCGUGAGAAAAGAGAAACAGUGUAGGGAAGUGUGUCCACUUUUCGUGUGAACGGAGUGAAAGGAAGAGAUCCCGAGACGGAUUCAGUGACCCGUUUCCGUUCGUCGAUCGAUGAAAUUCUGAAAACGUUGCACGGAUGAAUACGUAGCCAUUGUGGCGUUUUCAGCUGGUGCGUGCGACGUUAGAACGCGAUCGUAUUUCAUCGCAACGAUCGCUGAAAAGUUCGCCCGACUCACCGAUUUCCUCCGGCCUGGUUGCGCGUACGGAAUCACGCGUAUCGUUCUCCCGUUAAGUUCAAGAACCCGAGCUUAGCGCGUCGUACGCUAGGAACGAGUGCACCAACGGCACCCGUGACCUGUUUUCGUUUUCAAUCGAUGUACUCCUGAACUCGGCUGCGUCGACGAACUUCGACACGCUGAUCUCGUAAAAACGUGGAGGAAACGGAGUACGUAAGCGACAAAUCGAUCGGUUAAAAGGGAGGAUAACGGGAAACAGAUAAUAGGAAGAGAAAGAAGGUGAAGAGUGGAGAAGAGAAGAAAAACAGGUCGGAUAAGAGAUCGAAGAGGGGUGCGCGCAUUUUAACCUCACAGCCGCCAUAUCGAGGAGGAGAAAAGGAGAGGGAAGGGGAGGAAAGGCUGGAGGAGGAAAAAGAGGUCGGUUCGGCAGCAACACCCGACCUCGGCUUGGGGAACGAAACGAAGCCGCUCGCCGAUCGUCUGAUGCCGACUCGGAGCACAGCGCACGGGCUAGGACCGAGAACGGAAGAAAGAAUGCGAGAACCUCCACGCAGACUGUGAAACAUGACUUGUCAUACGGAUGCGGUCGCUGGUAAUCGUACGACGAGAGACAACGACGACGCGGACGGCGCCGACGAAGACGAGGAUCACGGAUCUAUGCCCGAUGUCCCGACGAGUCGUCUCGACGAUGCUCGUCGCAUGAGAGGCAGCGAGAUCGAGGGGCGUCGUGCGGCUUCAGCCUCUUGUCGUCCAGUGAAACAUCGGGCGAACGCGGUGCUCGUCGUCGUCGUCGACGGGCUUCCAGGCAGCGCGCCGAUCGUCGCGAAUCGCUAUCCCGCGUUCUCCGACGCGUAUCGACGUCGACAACGAAGAGAGAAACGAGGAGAGGAGGAGGAAGAGGAGGAGGAAGAACGAGAAAAAAAGAGGCAACGAUCUCCAGUCGUCGGCUCGAAAGGAACGAAAACGCGGACACGGAAUACGCGCUUCUCGUGGAAUCGCGCGUACUGCCGCGACGAGGUGCGCCGAUUACCAGGUGUCGGAUGACUCCCUCCGUACGUCACAGCUUUCCCGUAGUCGUAGAAAGGAAAGGUCGUUAUCCCAUAUCCGUAGGAACGGUAGAAACGAGCGUUCUCGCCUGGCGUACGAUCAUCGCCACGGUAUCACCGUAUCGGCGACGUCGACGGUGCUGCUGCUGCGCCGGCCCGCGCGUCCUCCUAUACUCCUCGCGAUUAGAUAUUCCCGUGCACGUUCCUAUCUUACGUCCGUGAUGGCGGCUGUACCUGAUAUGUCGCACCUCACCCCCGAGGAGAGGAGCACCAUCGAGGAGGUUAUAAUAAGGCAGAAGCAGGAGGAGGAGAAGGAAAAUGAGAUUAUGAGGUUGAAACAGGAUGAGGUGAAGAUCCUGGAGGAUAUGAUACGUGCCUGCUCGGAGAAACACAAGAAGGCGGGAGGCGUGGAGCUCCAGGUCACGUGCCACAUAUGCCUGAAGACGAAAUUCGCGGAUGGCAUCGGGCACAUCUGCAACUACUGCAGCAUCCGGUGCUGCGCACGCUGCGGCGGAAAAGUCACUCUACGUUCGAACAAGGUAGUGUGGGUGUGCAUUUUGUGCCGCAAGAAGCAAGAACUGCUGUCGAAGACCGGACAAUGGAUAACGAAGCCGGGGCUAGCCGCCGGGGACAACGCGUUGCUGCGGCGGAUGCAGGACAUGCAGGUGGGUGGUCCUCCGGGACUCGUGGACCAAGCUCAGGAUAAAAGACCGAAACUCGAGAGAGCGCACAGCGCGGCAGAAAAGGAGAAUUUGCCGUUGUUGCUAAGGAGCGGAAACCUGCUCAAGAGACAGUACUCGCAGCAGGAGCAAGAUUCAGGCCGUCGAAUGUCGACGACUGAUAGCGGGGUGGAUAUGACCGUUUCGCCUCACUCGAGAAGUUUGCCGACGCCCCACGUAGCUCCAUCGCUUCAGACUCAUCUAACGCAUCAGACGCAUCAAACCCAUCAGACUCAUCAGACGCAGCAACCGCCGAGACAUCCGGACGCGUACCCGGAGGAUGAUCCAAGUCUCUACAAGGACGAGAUCGACGGUCUCAUGGAGCAGCUGUCGAAACAGCAGAGACAGCGACCGAUCUUUCCGGACCAACACGCGGAGCUCGCGAUGACGUACGGUCAAGGGCCGAUAGAAGCGGGACCACCUCGAACCAUGAUGCAUCCCUCGCAACAGCAUUCGGUCCAUCAAAUGCAAAGCGCGCAUCUCCCGCAGCCGGUCGGUGGUCAGCCCGGUCUUCAGCCUCAGAGGAGCUUCAGCAGCAGCGAGGAAGAACGAAGCACGCCCGAAUGUGCUAGCGACGAGCCCGACGAAUCCGAGAAGGGGAAGGGGUACUACCAUCGUAUGGGAAGUCCAAUGUCGAUGUCCGACGAUGGACGUAGGCACAACGGAUCUCGCAACGGGCACCACCGCAUGACCUCGAUGAUCAUCGAGUAUAACGGGCAUCGCCAUUCGCCGCGAGAGCCGCGUAAAGAGGAGAACACCCUAGUAAGACGGAGCUUCCGAAGGAGCGGUGACGAGUGGCGCGCCGACAGUAGGAGGUUCACGGAGAGAAGGGGGAAAAAGACAGUGCGAUUUGACGGUGGGACCAAUGUCGGCGGCCCUCAGGAGGACCAAUGGUCUUGGGAGGCCGAUCGGCAAGGUAGUCAAGACAGCGCGACCAAAGACUCCGGAAUAGACACCUCUAGCACGUUCACGAGCAGUGAGGACAGCAACAGAGGCGACCUUAUGCCCAAGCAUACGUUAUCCUGGCAAGUGAGCAGAGACGGCCAGAAGAUCAUUGGCCACAUGGUGUUGCGAAAGCAGCCCGGAUCCGGAAGCAGUAGUAACAUAGUGGGUCUAAAAGUGGUGGGCGGAAAACUGUUAGAGGAUGGCUCUAUGGGCGCUGUCAUCGAGAGGGUCAUGGAGGGUAGCACGGCGGACAUAGAAGGUCAACUCAGAGCUGGUGACGAAGUGAUCAAGUGGAACGGCAAGUCCCUCCAGGGCAAGACUUUUCGCGAAGUUUGCGACAUCAUAGACGAGGCUAGACCGGCGCCCCAAGUGGAACUGGUGGUUUCGCGAAAUCUAUCGUCGACGAGAAGGACCGGCGCGCAGACCCAGUGGAGACAAAAGCAUCCGGAAACUAUACCCGCCGGUCCUCAGCCACCGCACCACAAAGGUCUUAAGAAAUGUAUUCUAUGGGAACUGUACGACGCGAGGCGCGAGAAACCUUCGGUUUUAGUGACCUCGCCCGGGUCUCCAGAUCUGCACGCUCAAGGCCGCGGCAGGCACCUCCGGCAUCCUACCGGGAACGCGAACAUCGGUGGGAAUCUUCAGGUGAAGCUCAGCUUCGAUCCCCUGAGUCUACGGUUGAUCGUCACGUUGAUCUGCGCGGCUGGGCUAAUGCCUAGGAGCACCGGCCAACCUAGAAAUCCAUACGCCAAGAUUUUUCUGCUUCCGGAUAAGAGCGAGAAGUCGAAGAGACGCACCAACACUUUGGCGAACACUAACGAUCCCAGGUGGAACCAAACGUUCGUGUACGAGGGAAUCAGGAGACCCGAGUUGAGGAAAAGGGCGCUCGAGAUCACCGUCUGGGACUACGGGAAAUGCGACAUGAACGAUUUCUUGGGCGAAGCUGUGCUGGAGCUGGCGACGGCUCGCCUCGACGAGGAACCCGAAUGGCUACCGCUGACUGACCACGGCGAACACCGACACAUUGGAUACUAUCAGGAGCCCGAUGAGAUGGCGAUAACUCCGGUGGACUGCCAUCUCAGUCCACCGUCGACGACGUCGCGGCUGAGCGACUCUGACACUUCCGAAUGCGAUAUCACGGACUGCGACGUCUCCAGAGAGCAAAGGAGAACAGCUGACGGUGCCAGUAUAAGCAGUAUCGGCAGUUCCUCCAGGUUCCGCGAUAUGUCGUCAAAUUAUAAGCGCCACUAUUCUAGUCCCCCGCCGGAGAGGGAGUUGUGCGUCGACGGAGAGCACCGGAGCCGAAGGGAUAUGUCGCCUCAAGGCCGGAAACGAGCCCUCAUGAUACGGGAUCAACCUGCAUCUAUUUCCGGCUACCAGACCUACCGCAAGGACGAUAUCCAUCGAUCAAUGAUGGGGCACCGGUCGCACAGCGCGGCGCCUAUGGAUUCGCCAAGCCUUCGGUACCGUGGAAGGUCUCAGAGUCCUACCGGUCAUCGGUCUUUGUCUCCGCCAGAACACAGAUCCAUACCCUACUCGCACGGCUACGUUCCACCCAGAUUCAGCUCGAGGUCGGCGACGGCCACGCCAACGGGUAGCCCGAAGAAAAGACAGCUGCCUCUGAUUCCGACCGCUCUCAAAGAAAGGGCCGCGCAGGACCUCCAGGAUCGGGCGAGAUUCAUGAGACAUCGUAACAGGCCGGUGCACAACACCUACAGGAGUACGGGAAUGGGCGGUUGGGAAAAGCAUUACAGCGGACUGUCGGAUUCGGAUCUGCCUUCAAUCGAUCACGAUCCGUUGUCUUUACCGCACAGCCACGCUUACCGAAUGCACAGAUCACGAAGGGGACACUCGAGCCCCGACAAAGACGUACUAGGAGAUCUCGGCGACUCCGAUAUGGAGAGUAUAGCCUCGGUGACGAGCAGUGCCUUCAGCACGCAAUCGGAACGACCACGUGGCUCCAGGGGAUUGAUACCGACAGUUAAAAACGUUUUAAUACCCGGUGUCAUAUCCCCUAUGCCCCUGCCCCCUAGGCGCAAUAGGCGCAGGCACAGACUUAGGGUACCCUGCAGCGAAUGUCACUGUCCGAACAACAAUCCCACCGGUACCGACACCAAUACCAAUACCAAUACCAAUACCAAUGCCAAACUACCCAGGAGCAACAACCCCGGCAAGCACAAUCCCACCACCCCGCAUCCCCUCGUACGGAGCAAGUCCGCAGUGGUGCGCUCGUUGUACAGAAAGAUGCGUACACCGUUCACGAGAUCGCAGACCGUCGACGAGAACAUGCUGAGAUAUUACAGCCCGGAGACCAGCGAGUACAGCGUCUCCGCGGGGUACAUACUGAAACCGGAGGAGCUUACCGGUAACUCGAAGAAACGUAUACCGGAGAUAUACGUCGAGGAUUGCCUCAAGGUAGACUUCAACGAUCGCCUCGUCGAAAAGUUUCGCGACAGGUAUUCGUCUCCGUACCUGACGAGCUCGACGACGAUGGCGACGGCGAUGACCGGUGCGCGAUCCGGAUCCGCUCGACACUCGCGCAGCUGGCUCGGAGCCCGACGCUCACGAAGGUCCGUCGCGAAAUCUAGAUUAGAACCGUCGUCGUUCUCGCGUUUCUCCGGCACGCGCGACGAUCGUAAGAGUUUCAAAGCCGCGGACGAUCUCGGCAUCGCGAACUUGGACGUUAGCUCGCGACCGCGCAGAUCUUUUUUAUUCGCCAAGGCGAGGAGCUUCGAUUACGACGUGUUGCACGACGCGUACGCCGAUCGGUUCGAUCUCGGGGGGAUGGGCAACGGGCUGCUUUCGCGCAGGGCAAAGAGUUUCGAAUACGACACCGUGUCCAGCAACAUAUUCAGCGACGACAGCUUGAGAACCGCUCGAAGAAAAUUGAAGAAGAAUCUCGCGAUCAACGACGCGGGCUACGGCGACAAGAUACUCGCUCUCGGCGAUCGGAGCAAAUCGUACUUCGACUCGAACGGCGACGACAAGCUCGAGUCGAAGAAGGCGAGGAGGCUCGCCCGGACCAAGAACUACGAUUACCACCAGCCGUCGAAGCGUAGAUCGACGUUUUACGGAUACGAUUCCGAGUUGAGCGGUGCCGAGACGGAGAUCUACGUACCGUCUUUCGACGACCGGUUCGUAGAGUCAGACGUCUCGCUCGGGAACGGUUACCGUCGCUCGUCCCGACGAUACGAACUGUCCGAAGGGAAUUCCUUCAGUUCCUGCAGCGGCGACGAUCAACUCGGUCUGCGGGACGUUCUCGGCCGUUCGAGAGAAGAGGAAUCGGCACCCAAACGAAUCACGAAUCUCGGUAGUGACAUGUCCGACGCGGCCAACGAACACAUUUACUGCAGCAUCGACGAAGCGUUGUCGUCGUCGCAGCCGAGAAGCUACAUCGCGUCCGAUUCGGAGCGGUACGACGUUCGAAGAUCGGCCCCUCGUUCUCGUAGAAAAACGAAAACUACUGCGGCGUAUCCGGAGAACGGAUACGACGACUACGAAUGGGACAACGACGUCGAGUACGACGACGAGGGAUUCGUCGACAGAGGGAGAGUGGACGCGUACGAUCGACGACCGUACGAUUACGACGAGGAGAGAGGCGAUACGAGACUGUACGAGGACAGUAACGGUGACGGUGACGGCUACGGUUACGGCUACGGCUACGGCGGUGGCGACGGCGGCGGCGGCGACGACGACAAUUAUUACGAUGGAAGAAGAGAAAAGAAAAGAUCGUCGCGGUACGUGGACGUCGUCGACACCACCGAGUUCGACGGCGACGGUUAUCGCGACUAUCGUUCAGCGGACGAAUACGAUUAUCGGGCGCGUAGCGAUUCCGAGCGGGUUCGCGCCGACGCGUAUAGAGACGUGAACACGUUACCGCGAAGAAGACGAAGGAGAAGAAGCAAAGAUACGGGUAUAGGUAUUUACGAGAACGUCCAGCCGUAUCGAGACGUCUCGCAGAUCGAUCCGAUCGUUCCAACGUUCGCGUCCGAACGCGCGAAGCGGACGAUGCGGCUGCAACGAGCGGAAUCGACGCCAGCGGUGCUGCGUUCCGACGAGGAACUCAGUUCAUCGGAAAGAGCGGAGAGAGCGCGACGACUGUAUCGUCGCAGGAGAAACGCGAGCUGUCCCGAAGCCAGGGAUCUUGGACGAUACGACGAAGAGUCGUCGUCGCAGAGGAGAAGAGUCGACGAGGAAAGGAGGAGCAGAUUCGCUCCGGAGUCGGACGAGGAGUUCGGUUCGAUGGAAACGGUCGUGUGCGCGGACUGCUUUCGUCGGAGAAACGUGGAAGCGGACGGUAGGUAUUACGAAACGGAACGGAUACGUGACGUUUGCCCGGGCGUAGAUUCGAGAUGCGUAGAAUGCGAGGCGGCGAGGACGCGCGAUUAUUACCCGUGCGAUCGCGAGUUCGCUAGGUCGGGAUCGUUGCGGGCGCAAUACCGCGGUAGACGUAAGAGUAGUUGUCCGGAAUGUCGGGAGUUGGCGAUGCGCGAGUUAGAUAGGUCCGGGUCGUUGUCGCGAACGGGCGAAGACAGGAGACCGUCGAUAGAAUCGAGGCACAGGUAUCGCAGGCGAAACAGCAGUUGCCCCGAGGCUAGAGAUCUCGAGCUGCAGCAACGGCAUCGAGAAGCUCACCAGCAUCCUGCUGCCGGCGUCGACGCGAGAUCACGGCAGCAACGCUCGCAAGAGGAACGACAACAAGGAGACCGAGGCCGCGAACGAGAACAACAACAGCAACAGCAGCAACAGCAGCAGGGUAGUAAGAGGAACGUAGCGAUCAGCGACACCCUCGAGUACUACGAGUACUCGAUGGAGAGCGAGAGCCAAUGCAGCGAGAACUGCGGAUUUGGCCCGUGCGAUCCGCGUAGGCCCCGUAACCGAGCACCCCACCCCGGUAACGCUAAUUCGAGUCUCUUUGAUUCCCAAACCGCUACCUCCGACACUGCUAAAAACUACCACCCACGGGCCGUCGAUCACCACGAUACCUCACGAAACACGAAACCGUCGCCGCGCGACAACCUCGACGACGAAACGACAACGCCGUCGUCCCCGACCUCGUCGUCCACCCACCGACGCCGUUCCCGGAAAAAAACCGACGAUGAACCACGCGACGAUCGCGCGCGGGAUCGUCGAUCCUCCUCCGUGCCCGAAAGCAGCGAGUACAGUACCGGUCAGUCGAGCUCUUACGAAAAGACCUCCAGGAGUCAGCCACCCGAUAGCGAGCACGACGACCACAAUCGGCGGGGUCAGUUCACCAGGAGUCUCAGCAACACCGACGCGCCCCAAGACGAGAAAGUUGACGGUAGCUUGAGCGACACGGCGAUCGGUUUGAACGUCGAGGACUCCGCGAGGAGACCUCGCAAGAGCUCGCCCGGGAGUAAGAGCGGAAGCGGAAGCAGCAGCGGUGGCGGGAGCGCUGUCCAGUAUCAAUCGAAUCUGGGGAAGAAGAGCAACAGCACCAGCCAGCUGUCCGCCACAGAGUGCGGUGGGAUUUGCGUCGGAAGCGGUAUCGCCGGUUUAUCGAGUCGGAAACGCAACAGCACACCGAGCAGUAUACAGCGUUCCGAGGAGAUCGUACCCUACCAACGCUUUGAAUCGGGAAAACAGACGGGAUCGGUGGCCAGUGACACAGCCGGAAGUCUCAACUCUAUCUCGAGUUCCGAAGGAAGCUCUUGGUCUCCCAGUCUACGAAUGACAGGAGAAACCGGCCAGUUGAGAGACUUCAUCGAAGAUCUCGGACCCGGACAAGUUGUCGGAAGGCAGGCCCUUGGCGCUCGCUGCCUAGGCGAAAUUCAACUCUCGUUCACUCAGAAGAAUCGCUAUCUCGAAGUCGAGGUGAUACGUGCCAAAGACCUUCAGCCGAAACAGGGCAGUAAAGCGAUUCCAGCUUCCUACGUGAAAGUCUAUUUGGUGAACGGUAAGAAGUGUAUCGCGAAGAUGAAGACGGUGACAGCUAGGAAAACGUUGGAUCCGUUUUAUCAGCAAUCGCUGGCAUUCAGAGAAGAUUACCGAGGUUGUAUACUGCAGGUUGCAGUGUGGGGUGAUUACGGCCGAUUGGAGGGGAAAAAAGUAUUCAUGGGCAUCGCGCACAUCGUGUUGGACGAACUGAACCUCAACGGGAUCGUAUUCGGGUGGUAUAAGCUAUUCGGCAACAUGCCCCUGGUCAGUGGGCCUUCAUCCUUAGCUUUGUCCCGUCGAUCCUCGGCUACGUCCCUAGAGUCCUUUAAAAAUUAAGUAACUCUGGUCCAUCUACAGGAUAUUCCUUUUACGCGUAAUACGACAAUAGCUACGGAGCUUCUUUCGCGUAUUAAAUAUCCGAAGAAAAAAAAGAAAAAAGAAAAAAAAAAAAAAAAAAACGGAAUGUACCCUUAAUCGCGUUUCUGUGUCGUCUUCGAAGAACAUCUCCAUCGUACUAUGCUCUAUAAUCUGUAUUUUAGACGUAUACGACGCGUACCUACGUAAAUGUGUUUGCAACUAUUCAGAUAUCGUUAAAAGAAGUAAGACCGUACGCGGACUGUAAUCUUACAAUUAAUCGAAGAUGUCCUUGAUCAAAGAUGCGUUCUCCAUAAAAGUCGUCAGAGUCUUGAUGAACGACGACCGUCGCUGGCACUGAAUCGGUUCCGAAUCAGCUCUGAACGCGGUAAACGUGACGGUCACCGAGCCGGAAGAGGUGACGAUGAGAUUAAAAUGAAACGGGACGAAAUUCGCGUGGUGAAUGGAAAUAGUGAAGGUUGUGAAAAGUCGCGUACGAGGAGACGUGUGCUUCUAGAAGCAUCGCUAGCGCAUCGCAACGCAUCGCCUAGGUAUAUACUACCUAUGUACAACUUACGUAUCGAGUACGUUCGCGCCGUGUACGGCACGCUAUCCGACGAACCACCGCUAGUCUUCACGUAGACUACGCGUAAAGAUAGUAGCCAAGCUCCGGAUCAUCGGAUAGUUUUAGUGAAAACGGCACAGAGGUACUUGAGAUACCAGGACCAGGUGAACGUCAACGCACUACGGUAUCGCGGUAUACCGCAGGACGACGAAAGAGCUUAGCGACGACGGCGCGGCCGCUGCUGGACGGUGACGAUUCGUCGUUCGACCGUCGAGGGACAGGCGAGAACGACCGAGAAGAAUCUCGGUGAAACGGUAAAGUUCGACGAGUGGGAAUAGUCACGAACGGUCACCGGAAAUACUGUGGUGAACUAUCAUCGGUGAAUUAUUUACAUUUAACGAACAAUUUACGAAAUUUUAAAUAACGUUUACGAGACUUAAAUUUGUACAUAUAAUCGUAUACAUAUAUAUACAUAUAUAUAUAUACAUAUAUAUAUAUAUAUAUAGGACGCUCCGAGUACUGACGCUAGAUUCUAUAGGGAUAGAGCGAUGAUUUUUCAAAAUGAGAAAGACAACGCACUAAACGAAAACUAAAUGAACAAAAACCAAAGCACAGGACAGAGAACAAGGAACUCGUUGUCAAAACUUUUCGCCAACAAAUAUCAUUAUCGGAACAUAUACUAUCUAUUGUAAAUAUCACGCAAUGAUACACGUACUAUUAUAAUUAAUUGAUAUACCUACAUACACACAUACGUACACACAGACACACACACACACAGACACACAGACGCGCGCGCGUAUGUAUACGCUUAACGCUACACACGCGCAUACAUACAUGCAUAUGUACGUACAGGUAUCAGGCUAAAGUCGGAGUGACACCGACUCAACCGAAAUUAGACAUCCACGGUACUUGGUGUCGUUCCGACCGUAGCUCCGAAUAUACGCGGAUUCAACGACGCGUAAGCGAGCGGAUGUUUGAUUGCCUCGAGCGCGGCCGAUCGCGUUUUCAUCGUCCCGUUCUCCGCGCGGACGACCCGAGCAUCAAUAAGAAUUUUUACCGAUUAUCGCGAAUCGCGGGGCGAACGGGAACGGGGAACAUAAUCGAUCGGCGGCAGCGAAUCGAUCGCGCGUGAGUGCAUGCGCGUGUGACGAGACAAAAGUGAAACGCUGAGACUAUGUAUAAAUCGACAGUCACCAACUACGAACGUGUGAUUCCGUUACUUACUUAUUUAAGUCUCCAGGUCCGUUCCCGCGAAACAAACCGAACGACGCACCGUGUGAAGCGUAAGGGGACUCAUCCCCUAUCUACCAUGUUUUUAUUACAACUCUUUAUCGAAUCGCACUCGGCUUUCUCAAGGAGCGCUCCUCAUCUUCUUUCCUUUUUAUCUGGGAACACGUAUUUUUUCAACGAACCGCUCGCGUAAUUUUUGCAUCGCGUACACGUCUACCUACUAUGCGUAUGCGUUCUACAUGCGUGUCAAAGGGAUUCGCGUUUUACAUUUAUUCGCGAGGCGCCAAGAUCCUGCGCUCCCCGGCUAAAUACACGUGUAUACGUAAUAUGCGUACGUACGCGAACGACGAAUCUUUCGGUAACGGGAGUAAAGUAAGAAGAGGCAACGGUGCGACUCGCAUCAGGUCGGUUCUCGUCCCCUCGCCUUUCGGGUGAGGGGACCUCCUCGCGCGUCUCACGACCGAUUUUGUACCUCUUAAUUAUCGUGCUAUGUGUUCGAUCUACGUCUAUGCAUUUGCCCGUCUCACCUCUAAACGCGAUUCGAUGAGCAUGCACGUGUACUUAUCGUUGGAGAAACAUCUAAAAGUCUGUAAAUCUAGUUACACUUAUCUAGCGUUUAACGUCCGAUUUACGAACCUGACUUUAUUUCCCGCGCUUAUCUCUUCUACGUUUUAAUUGUUUUGCGACGAGACACUGCAGGGAUUAGUACAUACGCGAAAAGAAGAGCACGGUGAAGAAAUGUGAGUCUGAAUCGAUGAAACGAGGGAAAGGAGCGUGUCGUUUAUCAGUCCUCUUAACUAUUUUACGUACGAUGACGUUAGAGUUUGCGGAUCUUUACAUACAUAUGUAGGUAUGUAUGUAACACGCUGCGUAGUCCAUGCUAUACAAACGUAGGACUUUCACGAUUAAUACGCAUUUUUCUUCUUUGUUAAACGAGAUAAGUAUACGGUAUGUACAAAAAAAAAGAGGAACCGGAAAAUAGAUUUGUUCUUUUGCACUUACAUCGACCGUUGACAUCCGAGAGAUGACUAGGACGCGGCAAAACUGAAACAUCGAUGAAUUAUCCUUAAGUUGGGAUAAAUAUUUUUUUUACAAUCUAGGCUUUAAACACCGAUUUAGAAUCGAGCGGAAACGAAACCACACGAGAUCGACGUUGUACACGGUCGUGCGUUUCCACGCAUCAUUUAUCGCGAUCGAUCCGACACGAGGACUCGACUUUCUUCGUUCGACAUUUUCAAUUCGCAGCGUUUCCACUUUAUCGUCCCGCUCCUUUCGGUAUAUAGCUGUAAUACCUACUCUUAUUAGCAUAUUUUCAAAUAUUUUCUUCGUCGAAAUUCUAUUGCAGACUCGCGAACCAAGCGGACCUUUGCUCUAUUACAGCGAUAGCUCGUCGGGAAGCUUACUCUCGAAGAAUCCUCGAUUAAUACACACGUAUUGUACAUAUAUAAUAUUAGUACAUACCUACAUAUUGAUUUAGAUACUGCGCGAAGAGGUGUAAGCAACUUAAUGAACUCGAAUUAAGGAGCGUACGAAGAGAGUCGGGAGGAGGAAACUUAUUAAUUUGUACAUUCUCAACAUGCCCAUUUGUACAUAGGCAUGCUCAGUCUUAGGAUCGAACCCGCAUCGUGAAUCAUAUACAUAUAUAAAUUAUAUAUACACGUAUACAUACAUACAAAUAUUAUUAAUUACGGAGGAGAACAAAUUAAUAACUGACUUUGUACCUAUAUACUUGUGAUUAACUUAAACGAAGACGAAACGGCGAAGUAAGUCUAAAGGAGACACGUUUAAAUCGGUGGCUUUGGUAACGUGGCGGAGGGAUCGGUAUGACGGGUGGGGGUUAAUCGGUGGGUCGGCAACCAGCGGAAGGAAGUGGGAAGAAAUCGAGCCGAAACGAAGAAUAAACAGACGGGAAGUCAACGAGUACCACCAUUUUUGUUAAACUGGAAGAGGCCGGUUUACGUUUACGAUGACGAUACAGGGUGCGAGGAAAAGGAGAGUGAUGUACCAUGUAGUAGGAAAAGAGAAUGAGAAAAAAGCGAUCGUCUGCUGUCGCGGGAGUUUGGUAGAAAGUAGGAACGAUCCAGCGUGACUUGCGCGGUCCUAGGCGUUCUCGUGGUAUCGCGUAAAGCGCGACAAUCUCGAACACGCGUCGCGUUUUACAUCGGCGAAUCGCGGAAAACAAGGAUAAUAUUUUUCGAACUUUUCUUUCGGACUCGAUUCGUCGACGUUUACGACCUAUGACCGUGAACCGGAAGCGUUAGCGCGCUUCGCGCGUACCGCGACGUAAAAUAACGGCUGGAUUC